ACGCUUUCCUUCCACUACUUCCCCUCACCUUCUCUCGCAGCCUCCGUGCUGUUCAAACAUCAGAACAGCGAUAUAUGACUGAUUAACAUCUGCUCUGCGGCAUGGCGUCGGAGUUUAUUGGCUACAAUGUCUUCGUGACGCUUAGAGCACCGCCGAAUGCAAGCGUUCAAGGAGUGGUGGCCAACGUCAUUGGUCAACGUCUGAUGCUAAGGAACGUGACUCUUUCCUGGACUGGCCAACAAUUGCCUACCUAUUCCAUCGAUGCUCCCGAUAUUGCAGAUCUCUCUCUGGGGCCUUCUAAGACGCAGACCACCUAUAUCAACCUAGAAAAGCAACCUCCACGCGAGUCAUCCGUAACUCCAACACAACAAUCGUUCGUUGAUCCGGCGAUUGUCAGCUAUGGAAAGCCGCCUUCUAAACCUUUCAGUCCGCCUGUUUUGCAGAGUCAAUCCAUCCCGAAUGUGCCGAGCGCUCAGCAGUCCCAGGCAUCCCAACAAGCUCAUUAUGGAGACGCGACGGUUUCAGCUGCCCUAACAGAGCCAUUCAGCAAUCUGGAGCUGAAUGUUGACAGCAAUGUUAAGGCUCCUAAGGUCGCGCCGCAGACGGAAGUGCCGCACGAUGCGCUGGAUGACAAUGAAGGCUUGGCGCCACUGCAAGCCGCGUCACAAUUUACGACUAAGCGAAGCCGCCGGAGUGGUCGGACAGGGCAUCCUCAAAAUGUCGCCGGCAAUGAGCACGAUGGGGCAAAUAAUACAAAUCCGAAAACCAAGGGCUGGCGCCAGACUGCAUUUGUCCAGCCGGCCGACACAUCUGAAUUUAAAACUCCACAAAAAUACAAGGAAAGUUUUCCCGAUUCUACUGGACGGCGUCGCAAGAAGAGGGGUCGUGGGUACGCUGAAGAUCCCAAUGGCUGGGCGACUGAGGACGCAACAGAUAUCCAGGAGAUGGGCGACUUCGAUUUCGAAAGCAACCUAUCCAAGUUCGAUAAAAGAAGAGUUUUUGAGGAAAUUAGAAACGACGACACUACCGCGGAUGAGGAUAGAUUGGUCAGCUUCAAUAGGAGACCAAAGCCUGGAACAAAUGGUGGGAAGAAUCUCCACUGGACAGAAAAUGUACUCGACAGCCCUCAGGAGAGUGAGCACGGCGAUUCCGAACAGGGCCGGAGCGAUGCGAAGCUCAGCGGUGGUAAUUAUUCAGGCCGCGAACUAUCCAGAGUAUCGGCACGUGCACGAGACUCUCGGAAGGGAAGCGCAAUUCUUGGACAGCCUUUGGUGCCACCGCAGAUCAAUUCAAUCGGGCGAAGCCAGCUAAGCUCAUCACGUACUACAAGCCCUCGCCCUAAUAAGACACCCGUGUCAGCGUCACCAAUGACCGGUGCCACUGGAUCGGGAGCUUCUUUGCGCCUUACAACUACCAAUCGCAGCUGCCCCACAGUUAGCCCAUUGCAAACUCUUGAAGUGGAGCAAAUUGCGGUCGCAGAGCUCGGGUUGACGGAAGACAUGAUUACCGAGAACGCUGGGAGAGACAUAGCAGAAGCUGCCGUCGGUCUCUUGUCGAAUGAUGCUGCUGCCCCCACGAUCCUUGUACUUACCGGCAACCAUCGUACUGGAGCCCGAGCCGUUUCUGCUGCGCGCCAUCUUCGUAAUCGUGGUCAUCGUGUCACCUUAUGUGUUCUGGGUCUGGAACACGAGAAUGAGCUACUUGAAAGCUGCCGCAAACAGCUUGAUGUAUUCAAGAAGAUUGGCGGGCGUGUCUUCAGAUGGGAAGACCUUUCCGCACAGCUCUCGAGCUCUGACUUUGCGCCUGAUCUGGUUGUUGAUGCACUCUUUGGUAUCCACAUCUCCUUCGAGGACCUGCGCACUGACGAUCAAGCUAUUGCUUUCGAGAUGAUCGCUUGGGUCAACCGUAGUAACCUUGAUAUUCUAUCCGUCGAUGUUCCAUCUGGCCUAUCUGCUUCCAGCGGCGAAGUGACGAUGGUCGAAGACGGCCGAGUAUGCGUCAAUUCCACAUCCGUAGUCUGUCUCGGAGCCCCUAAGACGGGAGUCGUCAAUGCCCUCCUGGCUGGAGAGGGACUUUCUUGGAAACUUUCCGUCGCAGACAUCGGCAUCCCGCAAAUCGUUUGGCGUAAGUACGGCACCCGUCGUCGGCACGGGAUCGACUUUGGGAAUCGCUGGGUGAUCACGCACUCCGAGUGGGCCUCGGAAGAUGCAUAUUCGGCCAGCGCAGGCGCUGGUGUAGGGAAAGCGAGGCGGGGAGGAGAGCACGCCGGUUUCAGACGCCUCCCAUUCAACUUCUGCUCCCUCUCACUCCAACCCUUCUCGCAUCCGGUCUGCACACCCUCGGGAACCAUAUUCGAUCUAACCAACAUUCUGCCUUGGAUUAAGAAACACGGUACAAACCCCGUGGACGGGUCGCCGCUGAAGAGUUCCGACCUUAUCAAGCUUAAUAUCGCGAAGAACGAGUCGGGCGAGUAUGUCGAUCCGGUCACGUACAAGGUCUUGACGGACAACACGCAUAUCGUCGCUUUGCGCAAUACGGGCAAUGUUUUUGCAUGGGAUACUGUCGAGCGGUUGAAUAUCAAGGGGAAGCUGUGGCGCGAUCUUGUUACGGAUGAGGAGUUCAGUCGCAAGGAUAUAAUCACGCUACAAGACCCGCAGAAUAUCGAGUCGAGGAAUCUGAGUUCAUUCAAUUAUUUGAAGGAGGGAGAGAGCGCGUUGACUGAGGAGCAAAUACGAGAACGAGAGGAUAUAUCCAAUAAUGUCAAUGUCAAUGCGCUGGGCAAUGCGGCGAAGAUCCUGAAGGCGAAGGAGGCCGUGGCGAAGGCCCGCGCCGAGAGGGCUCAGCGCGCCGAGUCGGCGGCCGGCUCGAAAGGAUUGACAAAGCCGGGUACGAGUGCUGCGGUUGCGUCGCAAAAGACCGCUUCAUACCAGGCUGGGAAACCUAUUCCGUAUAAUGCGGCGAGGCAUACUACUGGUCUGGCCGCUGCGUCGUUUACAAGCACUGGUAUGACACCGCAUACUUCGGCCGAGCUUGCACUUCUUUCAGAUGAAGAGUACAUGUUGAAACGAGGGCGAGUUAAGCAAAAAGGCUAUGCUCGAAUCUCGACUACGCUAGGCGACGUGAAUCUGGAGCUGCACACUGAGUAUGCGCCUAAAGCCGUGUGGAAUUUCAUCAAACUGGCCAAGAAGGGUUAUUACAAAGAUGUUGCUUUCCAUCGCAAUAUUAAGGGAUUCAUGAUCCAGGGUGGAGACCCUACAGGUACUGGGCGCGGAGGUGAGAGUAUCUGGGGCAAAUACUUCAACGAUGAGUUCGAGGGACCUUUGAAACACGACUCUCGAGGAACGUUAAGCAUGGCCAACAAAGGCAAAAACACCAACAGCAGUCAAUUCUUCAUCGCUUACCGCGCGCUGCCUCAUCUGAACAACAAACAUACCAUUUUCGGUCAUGUAAUAGAUGACCCAACGCCCUCAUCGACAACACUGAACAGCAUGGAAACUCACCCAGUGAAUCCUACAACCAACCGACCUACUCCUGACAUCCACAUCAAAGACGUAACAAUCUUUGUGGAUCCAUUCGAGGAGUUUUUGAAACAGAAGCAGGCAGACGAGGCGAAAGGUACCACCUCGACAGAUGACACCAAGACAUCUCAGGAGAUAGACGAUGAUCGCGUAACCUGGACUGGGAAACGAGUUCGAGGACCUGGUGCGACAGAAGCGGGAGAAAGCUCGGCCGGGGGAGUAGGGAAGUACCUCAAGGCCGCACUAGCAAGCCAGGCCAAUCAGGAGGAAGACGAGAUUGUUGAGUUUGUGGAUGAGGAGCCCGAGCCUGAGCCUGCACGGAAGAAAUUCAAGGGUGGCGGUGGCUUUGGUGAUUUUAGUUCCUGGGAUUGAUCAGGUUUCGUACUUCUAGAAGUAUGUCAGCCUUGUAUGAUGAUCGAACAUAUCUACUGCUCAAACAGAGAGCCAAACCUAUGGUGGCUAAUUUGCAUGUCAUAGGCAGCCAAGCUGCCUUGCAGACACCCC